AAGGGGAAAAAUGCUCUCAGGCAGAGUCAUGGGAUUUGUUCAGAUCUCUUGGACACACUCAUGGCUCUGGGAUGACGGCCACCGCAGACACUUGGUGGAUUUUUCCUGAAUCUGUUUUCAGUUCUUUUCUUCAUUUUUAACCCAUGCCCUUUUUCCUUUCCCUCUCUCUUUCUCUCUCUCUCUCUACGGAUGAAGUUUUUCUUUUUGGAUUUUCCCUGUUAUUUGUUGUUUGAGGAGUGACUCAUUCCAGCUAUUCUAACGUUCCAGGAGAGGGGGGAGAGAGAGAGAGAGGGAGAGAGAAGCAGAAAAGGGGAGCAGCGUAAUUGAAAUCCACUCAUUAUAGAGGCUUGUGUGCGUUACUGUGUUUUUCCGUCGAAGAGAGAGAGGGAACACGUUCAUGUUGACGAGAGGGGGUGGAUAGAGCACGUUCAAGCAAAAUGAAGGAUUCCUGCAAGUAGAAAAGUUGGUCAGGUUUGAUGGUGUGUUGGGUAGAGAAUUCCAAACGAUGAGCCGUCUGUGAGGAGAUGAACACAUGCACACAUGCUGAGGUGCUGCUGAUGGUCUGUCAAACGAACUCGUAGGACUAAUAAGGAAGAAAGACCUGCCGAAACAAAGGAUUAUUGAAAAAGAGAAGCAGGAAAAAAGAAGACUACUAUAGAGAAGGAUGAGGUACAUUGGCAGGGAGGUGGAGGUAGAUGGAGGUGUGAGGUUGGUGAUGGAGAGCGCUCUGUCAGCGAGGGAUCGGGUGGGGGUGCAGGAUUUCCUGCUUCUCGACAACUACACGAGCGAAGCGGCGUUCAUCGAGAACCUGCGCCGGCGUUAUAAAGAGAACCUCAUAUACACGUAUAUCGGCUCUGUCCUGGUGUCGGUGAAUCCAUACAAAGAGCUUGGGAUCUACUCCAAAACAAACAUGGAGCGCUACAGAGGAGUCAGCUUCUACGAGAUUUCACCUCACAUCUUUGGUUUGGCGGAUAACUCGUACCGUGCCCUGAGGACGGCACGUAAGGAUCAGUGUAUCCUGAUCUCGGGAGAGAGCGGGGCUGGAAAAACGGAGGCAUCUAAAAAGAUCCUGCAGUACUACACCACCACCUGCCCCACACGCAACAACACGCACUCCAUCCGAGAGAGGCUGCUGCAGUCCAUCCCUGUGCUGGAGGCUUUUGGGAACGCCAAAACUUUGCGUAAUGACAACUCCAGCCGCUUUGGCAAGUACAUGGAUGUGCAGUUUGACUACAAGGGCGCUCCGAUCGGCGGCCACAUCCUGAACUACCUUCUGGAGAAGUCUCGGGUGGUGCACCAAAACCGCGGAGAGAGAAAUUUCCACAUCUUUUACCAGCUACUGGAGUCAGGGGACGGCUCAUUGCUGAACAGGCUGGGGCUGGACACGACCAACCCACAGAACUACCGCUACCUGGUUAAGGGCAACUGCCCAAGGGUGAGUUCCAUCAACGAUAAGAACAGCUGGAAAGCUGUAAGCAAAGGUUUCGCAGUCAUUGGCUUCAAUGAUGAGGAGGUGGAGGAGUUACUAAAGGUCGUUGCGAGUGUUCUGCAUUUAGGAAACACCUUGUUCGGAGAGGAUGAGUAUGGGGAGACGCACUUCACCACAGAGACUCCGCUCACAUACCUCACAGAGCUGCUGGGUGUGGAAGGGUCAGCUUUGAGUGAAGCUCUUACACACAAGAAGAUUGUUGCCAAAGGAGAGGAGAUGAUCAGCCCGCUGACCCUCGAGCAGGCGCUCUCAGCUCGAGACGCCCUGGCCAAAGCCAUAUAUGGUCGUACUUUUACUUGGCUUGUCCAGAAAAUUAACCAAUCACUGGCCUUCCAGGAUGAAGUGUACUACACCAGCAAAUGCUCCUCGGUUAUCGGGCUGCUGGACAUCUACGGCUUCGAGGUCUUUCAAACCAACAGUUUUGAACAGUUCUGUAUCAAUUACUGCAACGAGAAGCUGCAGCAACUUUUCAUCGAACUCACGCUGAAGAGCGAGCAAGAGGAGUACGAGGCCGAAGGCAUUGGGUGGGAGUCGGUGGAAUACUUCAAUAACAAAAUCAUCUGUGACUUGGUGGAGGAGAAAUUCAAAGGCAUCAUCGCUAUUCUGGAUGAGGAGUGUUUAAGGCCGGGAGAUGCCACUGACAUCACCUUUCUGGAGAAGCUCGAGGACAGGUUGGGAGGCCACGCCCAUUUUGUGACUCAUAAACUGGCCAAUGGGAAGAUUCGUAAGGCUGUAGGGCGGGAGGAGUUUCGCCUGCUGCACUAUGCUGGAGAAGUCAACUACAAUGUGAAUGGAUUCCUGGACAAAAAUAAUGACCUUCUGUACAGGAACCUAAAAGAGGUGAUGUGCCAGUCACAGAAUUCGAUAGUGAAGCAGUGUUUCCAUCCAGAUGAACUGACAGACCAGAGGAGACCAGAGACGGCUGCUACCCAGUUUAAGCUGAGCUUGGCCAAGCUAAUGGAGAUUCUGAUGUCUAAGGAGCCAUCAUACAUCCGCUGCAUCAAACCCAAUGAUUCCAAACAACCAGGAAGGUUUGAGGAGGUGUUGGUCAGACACCAGGUGAAGUACCUGGGCUUGAUGGAGAAUCUGAGAGUAAGAAGAGCUGGAUUUGCAUACAGACGAAGCUUUGAGGCUUUCUUACAGAGGUAUAAGCCUCUGUGUCCAGACACUUGGCCAAACUGGCAGGGAAAACUAUCAGAUGGUGUUUCUACCCUCGUCAAACACCUGGACUACAAACCAGAGGAGUACAAACUGGGCAGGUCCAAAAUCUUCAUUCGUUUCCCAAAAACACUCUUCCGGACCGAGGACGCUCUGGAACUCAAGAAACCAACCAUCGUUAUCAUACUACAGAAGUGCUGGAGAGGCUACAGGGAAUGGGCCAAAUACCAACGCAUCAGACACGCAACGAUCACGAUCCAGUCAUGGUGGAGGGGGGUCAAAGGGCGCAGGAUAGCCAAGCGCCGCAGACAAGCUGCAAACACCAUCCGCACAUUUAUAAAAGGCUUCAUUCUGAGGCACGAGCCUCGUUAUCCUGAUAAUGAGUACUUCCUGGACCACGUGCGCUUCUCAUAUUUGAUGACGAUCAAGCGGAACCUACCAAAGAGUGUUUUGGAUAGGACUUGGCCGGUACCACCACCAUCACUCGAAGAGGCCUCGGUGUACAUUCACCGUCUGUGUAUACGCAACCUGGUGAAUGACUACUGCAGGAAAAUCCACCCUGAAUGGAAGAACCAGUUGGAGCAAAAAGUUGUAGCCAGUGGCAUUUUUAGGGGUCAGAAAGACAACUACCCUCAAAGUGUCCCGAGGCUUUUUGUGGGCACCAGGCUGGAGAGUGAAGAGAUCAAUCUCAAAGUGCGACAAACUCUCGGAAGUGAGAACAAAGUGAAGUAUGGUGUGCCAGUCAUCAAGUAUGAUCGGCAUGGAUUCCGUGCCCGGCCGCGGCAGCUGCUGAUUACCGGUUCUUCUGUGGUUCUUGUUCAGGAGUCCAAACUCAAGCAGCGUAUUGACUACGGUUCACUGCUGGGCAUCUCGGUUAGUUCCCUCAGUGAUGGCUUUUUUGUCCUGCACGUGCCCACUGCUGACAGCAAGCAGAAGGGCGACCUGGUGCUGCAGAGUGACCACGUGAUCGAGGCGGUCACCAAACUGGCCAUCCUGUCGGACAAGAUACACAACGUCAAUGUCAGUCAGGACAGUAUUAGGUUUGCGAUAGCCCGAGGCAAAGAGGGCAUCAUUGAUUUCACCUGUGGGGCGGAGCUACGAGUGGUCAAGGCCAAGAAUGGACACCUGGCAGUGACGGCCCCACGAAUCAACAGCAGCAUAUGAUCACGUGUCGACCAAUCACGGCUCACUAUGAAGACGCGUUCAUCACGGUGGACCAAUCACUCACUGAAGAAGAAUAAUCUGCUUAUGCCAAUCGCUGAAGUGAAAGUUAAGCUUGUGUUUUGUUUGGAUAGCUCAUUCCAAAUGAGCGCCACUCGCACUUUUUUUUUUUUUUUUUGAUUUUCACAGUAAAAGCAUUUAGCAGCCAGGCUUAUGAAAUGAAUUCUGCACCAUUUAUGAUUUAAAAAAAAAAAUUCCAGAUAUUCAUUCAGAUUUUUAAUGUUUUGAAUGAUUCUCUGUGACUUGUGCACGCUUUGGAAAUAUCAUGAAAAUUUAUGAUAUGGGGUUUCGCUUUAAUUAGUUUAAAAGUCUUGCACUUUCGUGUCUUCAGUGCAGCAGAGGAUUAGGCUUAGGAUGUCUGUUCGAUCAUAUUUUGAUUCAGCAAACUACACUACAGUUCACUUCCUGUUUUCAAUUUCCUUCCUCUUUGCUUGCUGGCACCAGAAUCGAGAUCAAAAUGCAGAUCUAAAAUGCGGUAUACAGUUGGCGCCUGAGUGCAUGUGUGUUAAUGCGGAGAUUGCAGGAAGUUCACAAAUUCAUCCAACCGUUUUGCAGCAUCAGCACGUGUCAUGAAAGGUGGUGAAACUUUUAAUUCUGGAAAACGAAAACGGUCACAUUGCUUCAGGUUUCCAUCAACUGACUGAAAAUUGUAUGACGGAGAGAGCGAGCCAAAAAUAAAUGGGCUAAGUGUAAUGACUCAGGAGGGCAACAACACUCGUCAUAAAAUUCACGUUAAGCUAGCAGUCAUACAGUCUUAAUACACAUAAUAACACACAUGUUUACCUCAGCUGCUAAAUGCAGAGCAAAAGACGACAUCUAGCUAAAUCUAUACACGUUUGCCCUUGUAGGGAAAAAGCUGAAUGGGAGAAACAUUAAAAAACAAAAAAGAAUCGAACAAACAAAAAUAACCUUUCAUACAAGUGAAUGCUUAAAAGAAGCAAUUUGUAAGAAAUGGAAACUCUGCAAAUAAAUUCCAAAAAUGCCAAAAA